CUACAGAUACACUGGAAGAGAUACACCACUGCGUGAUGAAGUUGCUUUGCGGUAUUACCUUGUUUUUAUCAAUUGCUGUUGCCUAUUACAUCUACAUCCCAUUGCCUGGGCAAAUUUCAGAGCCAUGGAAACUGAUGGUGUUGGAUGCAACAUUUCGAGGAGUUGUGUGGAUGGGAGAUGUUGCUCACUCGGUGGGUCUGAGUCACAGUGUUCGUGUGAUCAACUUUGCCGUGGUCAGUUUUGAGAGUGUGGUGCCGGCCACGUAUAAUGAGAUCUGGGUGGAGGACACUCUGUUUGAUGGUGUCCACGUGCGCAUAUACCACCCUCCUGGAAAGAAAGAAGGCCAUCUGAGGAGGGCGGUUGUAUUCAUCCAUGGUGGUGGAUGGUCUUUGGGUGCUCCAAAGUUGGGCUCAUAUGACAGUCUCUGUGGACAAAUGUCGGCUGAUCUGGAUGCAGUGGUUGUGACAGUGGACUAUCGCAUGGCACCUGAUGUGCACUUCCCUGUGCAGUAUGAAGACUGCGUCCAGGCCGCUAAGCACUUCCUGAAGCCAGAAACUCUGGCACAAUAUUUGGUGGAUCCAGAGCGAGUAGCAGUGUGCGGAGACAGUGCUGGUGGGAAUCUGGCUGCUGCAGUGGCGCAGCGGAUUGGAAUAGACAACAGUAUCUCUGUGAAAUUCAAGCUUCAGGUCUUGAUCUACCCUGUGCUCCAAGCUUUGGACUUCAACACAGCUUCCUAUCAACAAAACCAAAACGUUCCCAUCUUGUAUCGCAAACUAAUGGCUCGUUUCUGGCUAGAAUAUCUAGGUGCCGACCCUGACCUCAUUCACUCUAUUCUGAUUAAUAACCACACAGCUCAGGACCAAAACCACAUGUCGCUGAACCGCUCAAAGCUUGACUGGACCACUCUCCUCCCCAAACGGAUGAUAAAGCAUUAUAAACCGGUCAUCCCUGUAACUGGGUCUUCCAACAUCUUAAAGGAUGUACCGGCAUUACUGGACGCCAGGGCUGCACCUUUACUCGCAGACGAGGAGGUUUUGCGUAUGGCGCCGCGUGCGUAUGUUUUAACUGGCGAGCAUGAUGUUUUGAGGGAUGAUGGGAUUAUGUAUGCCCGGAGGCUGGAGCUGGCAGGGGUGCCUGUCACAAAUGACCAUUAUGAAGACGGAUUUCAUGGCUGUGUGAGCUUUGCUUUCUGGCCCUGCUUCUUCUCUGUGGGAAUAAGGGCAGUGCAGAAUUAUAUCGCUUGGCUUGAGGAAAAUUUGUAGUUGUUUGACUUACAUGUACAAAUGCAGCGAAAGGUAAAGGUGACAGCAGAUGUCAAUAUUACCACACAGGAAAUUUCACAAGUGCAGUAUUUCUAUCUUUACUGACUGAGGAUUUGUGUUUUACAUAUUGUAGAUGGAGUAACAUACUAACAGACUGAUUAUUUCAUGUGUUUGAAUUAAGUAUUUUAUACGAAACUAAUACUGUUUCCAGAAGUGUGUUCCUCUUCAACUAAUACACUAAAAACUAAAUCAACCCAAACAGAUUUAUCUUGAUACUGUACUGUAUGUGACAAUUCCACAUUCACUUUUGUUUAUUCAGAAAAUACUUAUAAUGUGUGCAAGAUAUUUAAAAAAAUGCUUACAUUUCUGUGCAUUUAGUCCAUAACGCUAAUACACAGUUAAUAAUAAGUCGAAUCUCACUAUCCGUCUUAUUUGCGAUGGACUUCCAAUUUACUCCCCGCCCCCAAAAAAGCUGUCAAAAUGUUCAUAUUCUUACUGUGAAUUGUAGGAUUGUGUAUUGUGGCUGCACUAAAAAAUUGUCUACCCAGGUGGAAUUUAGUAUUUGUAAUCUAUUAUUUCUUAAUAAUAAUAAAACUAAAUAUUUUAA